CAACCGACCACGUGCCAAGCACAGAUACCGAAAAGCAGGACAUGGGAAUAUGAAUGGUACUUUGCAGGGAAAGCAGAAUAGCCGACUUGGCGCCUGCAGGGGCCAGGUAUACGAAUCGGGGAGGCGAUGCCGCCUUUGCAGGGUACGCGCGGUGAAGGACCGCGGUAGAAAGCAAGAUUGGGGAGGGCCUCCGCCGCCGCGACCAGGCAGUUUAAGGAAUGUAAUAUGGAGCCGUGAUGCGAUUGCCCCUGCCCGCCUAGGCCGGAAAGGUCCAUGCCGCCGAUGCGAUGAGGAGUCGCUGGCGGUUUUUCCCUGGAGGGUCGGCACUCGGAUAUGGGCGUGUUCGUCAGCGUACCGCAGUACAACAUUCCCCUCUGCCAAGAGCACACGGCGCACCUGCGACUGGCUAGAUUAUACGUACCAGCUGGCGCUUCGGGUUCAUCCCGGCGAGGGAGCGUCUCCGCUGGCCUGGCCUAUAAGAGCAGCUGGUUCGCGAGCUCCUCGCUCCAUGUUUGUACGUCUGGCCCAGCCUUUCGCAGUCCGACCGCUGCUCUCGGGGAAAAGUGCAAAAAAAAAAAAAGCAAAUCACCAUGGCGGGAAAGAGCAGUAAAAGGGGCUCGCUGAGGAGCCUGCUGAGCACCCUUUCGCUUGGGCUUUUGGCUGGCACGCCCGUGUCCGGGGCUCCGACGACCGCCUCCGCCGCGGACACGUACGACUAUGUAGUGGUCGGCAGCGGGCCGGGAGGCGGCGUCCUGGCCGCGAACCUGGCCAAGGCCGGAUACUCGGUCUUCAUCCUCGAGGCGGGCGACGCCAGCCCGAGCAUCGGCUUCGGGUCGUACACGCCCUCGGUCACCUGGGACUUCUUCGUCAAGCACUACCCGGAGGGCGACCCGCGCAACAACGAGUACAGCCACCUGACGUGGAAGACGCCCGAGGGUAAGUACUGGGUCGGCAGGACGGGGGCACCCGCCGGGUCCAAGCUCCUGGGCGUCUACUACCCGCGGGGCGCCACGCUCGGGGGCUCGUCCAUGAUCAACGCCAUGUGCGUGUGGCUCCCGAGCGACAGCGACUGGGACUACCACUACAAGGUCACGGGCGACAAGACCUGGAAGGCCGCCAACAUGCGCAAGGUCUUUGAGCGCGUGGAGAAGAACAACUACCUGCCCAGGGGCACGCCCGGCCACGGCUUCGACGGCUGGUUCCAGACCCAGAUGGGCGCCAUGACGCAGUCCAAGGCCACUGGCCCCCUGGCCGGCAACGCCGUCAUGGGCAUGUACGCGCGCGACCUCAACCUGACCAUGCCCAUGAGCAGCCUCCUCACGCGCGACCCCAACGGCCCCACGCCCGGCCGGGACCAGGAGCAGAGCAUCUACGGGCUCGUGACGCACCAGUACGCAAACGGCAACCGCUACAGCUCGCGCGACUACGUCCAGACCGAGGCUAACCGCAGCGGCACCAAGCUGGUCGUGUCGCUGCGGUCCCUGGCGACAAAGGUGCUCUUCGACACCACCAGCAGUAGCAGCGACAAGCCGCGCGCGACGGGCGUCGAGUACCUCGAGGGCGCGUCCGUGUACCGGGCCGACUUCCGCAACACGCCGGGCGCCAAGGGCACGCGCAAGACGGUGCGGGCGCGGCGCGAGGUCAUCGUGUCGGGCGGCGCCUUCAACUCGCCGCAGCUGCUGAUGCUCAGCGGCGUCGGCGACCGCGCGCACCUCGAGUCGCUCAACAUCACCGUGGUCAAGCACCUGCCGGGCGUGGGCCAGAACCUGAUGGACAACCAGGAGAUGCCCGUCGUCGGGCGCGGCAGCGGCGGCUCCGGCUCCACGGGCGUGACCAUGUUCAAGUCCAAGCACCCGGCGCACGGCGAGCGCGACCUGUUCCUCUUCGGCGGGCCCGGCUCCCUCUUCCGCGGCUUCUGGCCGUCCGAAAACCGGGUCGGCCAGCUGCCCGCCGAGCCCCAGGGCAUCUACGGCGUCAGCAUGAUCAAGGGCAGCUCCGUCAACAACAAGGGCUGGGUCAAGCUCCGGACCGCCGACCCCCAGGAUCCGCCCGAGAUCAACUUCAACCACUACGCCGCCGGGUCCGGGCCCGACCUCGAGGCCAUGAAGGACUCCAUCGCCUACGUCAGGACCGUCUACGGACGCCUGGGCAUGCCGACGCUCGAGCCCCCCUGCAAGGCCGGGCCCGACGCGCAGGGCUACUGCGGAAAGGAGGACGAGGAGUGGCUGCACAAGCAGACGUUUGGCCACCACCCCACCUGCACCAACAAGAUCGGCGCCGACGACGACCCCAUGGCCGUGCUGGACUCCAAGUUCCGCGUGCGUGGCGUCGCCGGCCUGCGCGUCGUCGACGCCAGCGCCUUUGCCCGCAUCCCGGGCGUCUUCCCCGUCGUGUCGGUGUUCAGCAUCAGUCAAAAGGCGUCUGACGACAUGCUGGCCGAGCUGAAGGAGGGCAAGGCCAUUAAGGAGUGUUUUGCGGCUUGAAUAUGAUGAUGGGAUUCGGUCGAUUUCUUCAGCUUCGCACCGUGUUGGGUUCCAACAUCGAUGCUUGUAACCAUGUUGCGUCCUUCCCUUGGGGUCCUCCUUUUUCUGUUCCCAAGACUCAGAGAUAGUAAAUAUAUGGUCUCCCCUGUCAACCAGCAAGGCAACAAAAAGUCUCAUGAAUAUAGCCUCACCUCAUAUCAAACCUUUAC